UUAUCAGCAGCACAUUCCUCACACUGUCACAGCAGGACAUCUGCACUGAUCAUCAGGGCACUGAUGAGCAGUGCCCAGCAGUGCCGCCCAGCAGUGCCACCCAUCAGUAAACAGCAGUGCCACUCACCAGUGCCCAGCAGUGCCUUCCAGCAGUGUCUCCCAUUAGUGCCACCCAUCACUGCCCAGCAGUGCCAUCCAAAAGUUGUGCCCAUCAGUGCCACCUAUCAGUGACCAUCAUUGCUGCCUAUCAGUGCAGCAUCAUCAGUGCCUCCUCAGCAAUACCCACCAGUGCCGCUUCCUCAGUGCCAUCUCAUCAGUGCAGCCUAUCAGUGCCCGUAAGUGCUGCCUAUCCAUGCCACCUCAUCAGUGCCCAUCAGUGCU